AUGGGGAGCGAGCGGCUCCCGGCACCCGGCUCACAACCUGCAGACCCAGAAGCUAAGUUCGCGGUCCCACCUCGACUGACGCCCCGGCUGAGUUUCUCCGAGAAGCCCCCUACUGGUUUUGGCAAGAGCCGUAACUUCCCCGCUCGCUGGAAUGUUUCGGAGCUGGGAAGCGGCGCUGCCCUUGGCGCGGUGCCCUCGCUUCCUCCGAGUCCCCCGGUCGGGGAUUGCAGCUCCGCACCGCGCGCCCCCAGCGCUGCGCUCUUCCCGGAGGUGCUGGUCCGGAGCGCGCUGCUCAGAUUUGAAUUUUCACGGCACAUCGAUGGAUGGAUUGACAUGUACCGGUGCCCACGUUUCAUGUUGCUCGGCUGGUCUUUACCCCCCAUCCCCAACCCCAACCCCAGCAGCAGCUUGCUCAGUGAAACCUUUGAUUCCUUCCUCCGUUGGCUGUGUGUAAGAUGUGAGCGUAUUAAGUUGCCCCCUCCCCCGCCCAAAAAAAAACGUCCUCAGAAUGCUGAUCACACACUCUCUUCAGUCCCCAUAGCCAUCACGUGCUUUACCCGAGGCCUGGACAUCCGGAAAGAGAAAGCCGAUGUCCUCUGCCCAGGGAGCUGCCCUCUUGAGGAAUUGUCCGUUUUUGGGAACAUCGUGUACGCGACUCUAUCGAGCAUUUGUGGUGCUGCACUACACAGGGGGGUCAUCAGCAGCUCGGGGGGACCUGUGAGGGUAUAUAGCCUACCGGGCAGAGAAAACUACUCCGCAGUAGUUGGCAACGGCAUCCAGUCCCAAUCGCUUUCCAGAUGGUCUGCUUCUUUCACAGUGACUAAAGGCAAAAGCAGCUCCCAAGAAGCCACGGGACAAGCAGUAUCCACAGCACGUCCACCAACAGGUAAACGACAAAAGAAAACACCUGAGAAGAAAACCGGCAAUAAAGACUGCAAAGCAGACAUUGCUUUUCUGAUCGAUGGAAGCUUUAAUAUUGGGCAGCGCCGAUUUAAUUUACAGAAGAACUUUGUUGGGAAAGUGGCUCUAAUGCUGGGAAUUGGAACAGAAGGACCACAUGUGGGCCUUGUUCAAGCCAGUGAACAUCCAAAAAUAGAAUUUUACUUGAAAAACUUUACAUCAGCCAAAGAUGUUUUGUUUGCCAUAAAGGAAGUAGGUUUCAGAGGCGGUAAUUCCAACACAGGAAAAGCUUUAAAGCAUACAGCCCAGAAAUUCUUCACAGCAGACACCGGAGUGAGAAAAGGGAUCCCCAAAGUGGUGGUGGUGUUUAUUGAUGGCUGGCCUUCUGAUGACAUUGAGGAAGCAGGCAUUGUGGCCAGAGAGUUUGGCGUUAAUGUAUUCAUCGUUUCUGUAGCCAAGCCUAUCCCUGAAGAACUGGGCAUGGUUCAGGAUGUUGCAUUUGUUGACAAGGCUGUCUGUCGGAACAAUGGCUUCUUCUCUUACCAUAUGCCCAACUGGUUUGGAACCACCAAAUAUGUAAAGCCUCUAGUGCAGAAACUGUGCAGUCAUGAGCAAAUGAUGUGCAGCAAGACCUGUUAUAACUCUGUGAACAUUGCCUUCCUAAUUGAUGGCUCCAGCAGUGUUGGAGAGAGUAAUUUCCGUCUCAUGCUUGAGUUUGUUUCCAACAUAGCCAAAACGUUUGAGAUCUCUGAUAUUGGUGCCAAAAUAGCUGCUGUACAGUUCACAUACGAUCAGCGUCCAGAGUUCAGUUUCACUGACUACAGCACCAAAGAGAAUGUUCUAGCUGUUCUCAGAAACAUCCGCUACAUGAGUGGUGGAACAGCAACUGGGGAUGCCAUUUCCUUCACGGUCAGAAAUAUUUUUGGGCCCAUGAGGGAGAGCCCCAACAAGAACUUCCUAGUGAUCGUCACAGAUGGGCAGUCCUAUGAUGACGUCCGAGGCCCCGCUGCUGCUGCGCAUGAUGCAGGCAUCACCAUUUUCUCCGUUGGCGUGGCUUGGGCACCUCUGGAUGACCUCAAAGAUAUGGCCUCGAAACCAAAGGAAUCGCACGCUUUCUUCACCAGAGAGUUCACAGGACUAGAACCAAUCGUUUCUGAUGUCAUUAGAGGCAUUUGCAGAGAUUUUUUAGACUCUCAGCAAUAAGGGGGAAUAUUGUGAAAACGGAAAAAGUACCAAGGGGCUCUAAUGUUUAUGUUGCAAUCUCAUUUCCGAAAGUUUAUAGCCUAUUAGGGUCAGACACAAAACUAUUAAGAGCUGUUUAAAGCAAAUAAGCAUCAUUAAAAGCUACUACAUUCUGAUUCCUAGACUUCAUUGAAAACACCGCUGAGGCUUUCUUUAAUUACGACCCUCAGAAACUCAGAAAGAGCACCACAGAUGCCAAUCUAUUCUAGCAUGCUUACCAAUGUACAGCUCCGAUUAUUCUGUAUUGAAAAGAAAAAACUCCUAUACAAAUAGGACCUUAAAACAAACGUCCCAGAUGUUUUCUUAAAAUCAAUGAACAGUGCGUUACAAAUUCAAGAAUUUUCAACUAAGAAGUUAAAUUUUGGAUGAUAUGGAAGAGAAUGGUGUUUCAAGCUGCUUUGUAGUGUAUUUUCACAAUAAUUUAUGACUGAAAAUAUCAUACGAACAAGAUGGCAGGAUUGCCUGGUAUUUUUCUAUUUAUAUCCUUAAUUUUAUAAGUGUAUAGAUAUAUUUAGCUUGUAUUCUAGGAGUCAUCCAAGUACUGAAAAAAAAAAGGUUAAGUUGGUAAAGCUUUUACUUAUCACAUGUAUUUUAAACAUUUAGCUUUAAAGAAAAAUCAAACAGCUUUUUAAAAAUUGUAGUCUGAGUAUUUGAACAAUAAAAACUACUAGUAACUUA